AAGUGCGAGUGCAGGGAUGACCGGUGUGCUGGCACUGUGGGUCCUGGUGACGCACAUGAUGUACAUGCAGGACUACUGGAGGACCUGGCUCAAGGGGCUGCGCGGCUUCUUCUUCGUGGGUGUGCUCUUCUCGGCCGUGUCCGUGGCUGCCUUCUGCACCUUCCUCACGUUGGCCAUCACACAGCACCAGAGCUUCACAGACCCUACCAGCUACUACCUGUCCUGUAUCUGGAGCUUCCUUUCCUUCAAGUGGGCCUUCCUGCUUGGCCUCUAUGCACACCGCUACCGGGCCGACUUUGCCGACAUCAGCAUUCUGAGUGACUUCUGACCUGGGGACGAGGUCACUGCAGCCUGGGGCCUCCGGACCUGAACACAGCGCAGCCUCUGAGGCCUGGGGCAGGCCUGCUCCAGCUCCUGGGGACCCAGAACUGGGGCAGAGACACACAGCAGGAUCAGGAUCGGCAGAUUGGCGUGGCUUUCCAGGAAGCCCUUUGGUCCCCUUUGGGGGAGGGCUUCCAUGUUGCCCAUCGGGCUGGCUGCAGGGCAGCUUCAGGCCUUUCCAAGUGAUUCUAUUUUCUUAGUAUGGGUUGGAGAAUCAGUGUAACUGGGGCCCAGAUGACAACGUCGGGGCCUUGGGCGGGGUGGUGAGGCCAUGACCCAUGCAGGAACAGGUGGCUUGCUCUCUGGCUGAGGCAGAGGGAGCACAGGCCACAUGGACAAUGUAGAGACCCCAGGACCCCAGCCCGUCGCCUCUGCUUCUGAGGGGCUCAGGUGGCUAAGCCAUCAGUCUGAGGGGUGACAUUCCCCAGAGCCCUGCCCCUUCCUACAGAGCUGGUCUCCCUGGGGCUCUGCCACCCCAGUCCUGUCUCACAUCUACACCAGCCCCAUGCCUCCUCACUGCCCAGCACCUGGCGCCCCAGCCCACUCACUGCCUUCUGGCCAGCUGCCCUCCGAUGCCCUCAGAGGGACCUGUGUGAGGCGGAGGGCUCCAAGUGCCCAUGUCCUUCAAGUGAACUUGCCACUGUGUACAUGUAUUCCUUUCCCACUUACGCAUCCUGCCCCAGGGUCUCUGCCUCAUCUGUGUAGCUGUCAGUCAUUCAUACCAGACAGGCCCCUGAUGGGUUUCUCAUGGGAAGGCAUAGAGCAGAACCAGGGUGCUGUGGGAGCGAUGGUGAGGAGGGGUGGCUGGGGGUCUCUGGCUAAGAACUCUUUCCCCCAACUGUGUCCUGGGGAGGGGCAUGGCAGGUUCUGCUGCUCAGUCCUUCUCGGGUCCUCUGGGCCCAGGACAGCCCAGCAGCUGGGCCCUCCCUGACCCCCAGGCAGCCUCAGCAACCCUUGCAGUUUACUGUGCCUCCCAGGCUGGGGCCUUGGAAAGGCAGGGCAGGAGGACCCCCUCUGGCAACCCCAGCUCUUGCUGCUCUGCUUAGCACUCCCACUCUGGAAGAAGGAAUCAGACAUGUCUAACCUGAGCACCUUUUACUGAUUAAACAGUGGCCCCAGACGCGGUCACAGCUGGGCACAGGCCCAGGUGAGCCCACUGGGCACUGGCUCCCGUGUCCCUGGGAGGGCCCUCUGUUGAUGGGGUGGGCAGCGCAGGGUGGGGCAGCAACAUUGAGUUCAGAGUGGCAGCCCUCUGCAGGGCCGAGCUGGAGGGGCCUGGCCGGCCGUGCGUGGAUGCCCUCCAAUGGCACUUAACGCUUACAGGACAUUAAAGCAAAUAAAACAUUUAUUGUUCA